GAGGGAUGUAAAAUAAUUCUCUGUACCGAAAAAGAGAAGAGGGUGACAUAAUUCUCUGCUCUGGAGGAAAAAGAAAAGGGUUGUUUUCUCACAAAUCAAAGUAGAGGAAAUUCAUAGAUGAACUCAUUGACGCAAACAUAUAAGUCUCAAGAAUCCAGUGGCGGAUUUUACUAGAUGAAAGUUUUGGGUAUUGGGCCUUUUACAUAAAGAUUUGAUUUUUCUCGCAUUGAGUACUGAAGAGGAAUUUGGGUAAGAGUCUGUUGAUUGAGAAGUGAAGCAGCCAAGCCCACUUCACUGAGUGAGGAUAGCUACUGAGUCACGGCAAUGGUCUUGUCUUCUAUAUUGUUACGUCACUGUGUGGGCAUUGGUUGGCUCUUUGCUUUGCUAGGAUACAAUGAGCGGCCCAUAUGGGGUAGAUCAAGAUCAAGUACGCGUCGCUGGAUUUGAUGUUCCCAGUUCACCAGAUGCAAGUUACAAUAACGUCUACCCUGCAAACGAGGAGGAAGGGCGAGAACCGCCUGCGCUGCCCCCCCACUUGCAGCAUACUUUGUUAAACCAUCCAACCAACAGUGAUCCUUGUGCAUCCAUUCCAUCACCCCAGAAUGUCACUCUAAAUCACCUUUACAUUGAGAACAGAGAAGCUCCGCGAUCAGUAGUGGCACUUGGGGUCACUCAUCGCUUUCGUUCAAAAUUCGUCACUGUUGUGCUUUACAAACCAGUGCCAAGAAGGAGGUGAAACAACAGCAGGUGAUUUCUGUAAUAUUACUUCAUUCGUUGGCCCUUUAUCUCUGUAUUGAUUGAUGCCGAUGUAGAAUGAACAAAAUCUCAAUUUGCCUUAAAAGAAGUAAAAGGAUUUCCAUAGGUUGCUAUGGUAAAGAUUCCUUGUGCUCUGUAAACUUACAUUAUCAAGGAUAGAUUUCUAUUAGUCUGCUUCCCAGUGACUCAAAA